AUGAAUAAUCAUGGAAAGGCCGCUGCCACAGUUGUCGCAGUCGCUCGUGGAGCCGAGCAACCAUGGCAGUUUGUCAUGGCUCCCGGCGAGGCGGUGGUGCUCGGGCGCGCCGCUGACUGCGAUCUGGUUCUCCAGUCCCGAGGAGUGUCAGGACGACAUGCAGUCCUACGGUACAGGCAGGUCAAUGAGGACACGUCAGAGAUAUGCCUCGAGGAUACCUCGACGAAUGGCACUGGUGUGGCCUCUGGCACUGAGUGGCAGCCAGUCCGCAAAGGAGAGAGCAGAGUCUUGGGCAACUGCUCGCAGAUCCUUCUGCCUUUCAACUGCAAGGUCCACGACCAAGCAGUGGUUCUUACGAUAUCCAACUACGGAGGGGGGCUUCCGGAUGGGUACGAUUCUAGACACAAGACCGGACGGUGGAGAUAUCGUGGCAAGCUGGGAGAAGGUGCGCUGGGCGUUGUGCACCAGGCUAUUGAUGUAACUGGUAAGCUGAAGGGGGAUGUGGCCAUCAAGGUCUGCAAAGUCACCAAAGGUGCCAAGCCGACUGCUAAGCUUCGAAGUGCCUUCAUCCUGCACCGGGAAGCGCAGUGGUCCCUGCAAAGGCUCCACAACACAAACUACCAAGGGUUUUCGGAGAAGAAGGCGACCUUCUUCGCUCGAUACCUGGAGGACCAUACAGGUCGAUGGAGCCGAGAUCUGGAUUUCGACACGGAGCGUGCGACUUUUGAGUCUGCGGACUUUCGAUGGGAAAAGUUCAGGCCUCCGGAGUCAUUGCCUCCACAUCCCUACGUGGCCAUGGAGUUCGUCCCUGGCAGAACACUUCAUGCUGCUUUGGGCUGGAGCCGAGAUCAGCCAGUUCGCAGGGAAGCACUCCUCAGCCAAGAGGAGAAAGAGCUCGUGGUUCGCCAAGCCGCGGAGGCAUUGGUGUACCUGGUAGAGAUGGGACUAAUACAUCGCGAUUUCCGUACCACAAACCUGAUGGUCUCAGAAAGGAAGGCUGCGAUUCGCAUCCACGUGAUUGAUCUGGGGCAUACGAUCUUGGCAGAGUCUCGCCAGUGCCGCAACAAGAGUGCCGUGGUCAGGUGCAAUUGGAAAGAGGAGGAAAAGAAGCGCUUCGACUGGGCUCCGCCGGAGGUCAAGGCAAAGGAGAACUUCGUCAACUUUGCAUACCCAGCACAUUCAUUUGAUGUCUUUUCGUUUGGUGUGCUGGCUGUCCAGCUGCAGGCUUCUGGCAUGCAGGCAGCGCGACUGACAGUCAGUCGGCUCAUGGAUGUGAAGGAGGGUGACAAUGGCGAGUCCAUUCCUGGAGCUCUUGGCCUUAGCCAGGAUAUCCUGCGGCGCAUGCUCGGCGAACCAUUCGACCGUCCAAAUGCCGAGCAGAUCGUGAAGCAUCUGCGCUGCAAAGCGCCAGAGUUGGACGUGGUGAAGCCUGCCCCACAGCCGGUGAAUGGCUCCCGUCACGAUGCUCACGCAGAAGUGACCUUGGCGCAAAAGAAGGAGACUCCAAGCCUCGACAACAGCGAAGCCCAGGAGAACCAGCAGUCUAAGGAAGUGGGGGCAGAGAAGGCAAGGAGGCAACAAGGAGGUGUUGUUGACGAACCGGACAUCGAGGAAGUUGUCGAGGGCGAAAUGGCGGAUGACAACGACUCCAAUUCAUCCCCAGAAGGCAAGAGGCAGACGCAGGACAAGGCAAAGCCGCAAGCCCAACCCAAGCCAUCACAUGAGCAGAAGGCAUCUGAGUGCGAGCCGCACAAAAAUAGCAAGCGACAGCCGGAGCAGGAUUCCGACGAACCUCCGAAAAAGCGCCGAGACAGAAAGAGCAAAGAUGCCCCGAUGACCGAGAUUCUAUCAGCCAGCGACAUGCCAAAGCAGGCAUCACCCCCAAGCAACGAGGCUGAGAAAGCCGCGAAAGCGGAGAAGCAUGAGAAGCACGAGAAGCACGAGAAGCACGAGAAGCACGAGAAGCAUGAGAAGCGACAUGCGAAUCCUGUCGGAACUGGCGCAGAUGCACCAGCGGCUGAGUCUGGGGCUGCAGCUGCGCAUGGACCGAAACGACAACACGAUGCAGUCUCAUCGGCCACCCAGCAAUCCCCACAGUCACCAGAUGCAAAAAGAAGAAAGCAGGAGAGUACCGAGCAGGACAAGAAGGCCGCAGAGCUUGCGGCGAAGGCCCAAGAUCUUCGGGACGCAAGAAGGGAAAGGAUUCAAGAGCGAAUUCUGUUGAAGCAGCUGGAGAGACACACCAAGGAGAACGCGUCCCCUGAUGACAAGCGUGACAAGAUGCGACAGCAGAGCAAAGAAAGCAAGGAAGGCAAAGAAAGCAAGAAAGGCAAAGAAGCCACAAGGGAGCGGCUCGGGCAGCACGGAGAGCUCGGAGAGACUCCGCGAGAGCAGCUUAAGGGUUCUCAACGAGCACACACGGCGGAGCCACGGCGCAUCGCCUUUGAAGUCAAGAGCCACCAGGAAGCCAAGGAAGCCAAGGAAGCCAAGGAAGCCAAGGAAGCCAAGGAAGCCAAGGAAGCCAAGGAAGCCAAGGAAGCCAAGAAGACGGAAGGCACAGAACGCGGUACUCCAGUCACUCCAGUGACUGGUGCUGCGGCGACAUCCAGCCUGAAGACGAUUCCUCAGCCUGCCUCGGAGCCGACUUCCACGCCAGCCAUCGAAGCUGCUCAGGAGCCUUCAGUUCAAAAGUCGAUGCCCGAGGACACAGCAGCCAAGAACAUGGCAAGUGUGAACACGGACACAAAGAGCCAAGUGUCGGAAAAUCAUCAACAGCUUCAAUCACAGAUGACGGCGUUGACAGCGAUGUAUGCCUUGAUGCAGCAGCAGAUCAGUGUCUUGGACAACACUCAGGCUUCAAACCCCUAUGCCCUUGCUUUACAAGCGCAAGCUGCGCAAGCAACGCAGGCUGCGGAAGCAACGCAGGCUGCGGAAGCAACGCAGGCUGCGCAGACCACGCAAUCACAGCCUUCCUUCGGUCACACUGAUGUCGAUCUCCAGAGCUGGGGCCAGACUGCGACAGGUAUUCCUGCCGCUCUGAACCCGUUAUUACUGCAGACGGCUCCGCACCAAGCCAUCGCAACACCAGCGCAACCGCAAGAGUCACAAGACCCACACCACCUACAGCACCUGCAACAGCUACAACACCUCCAACACCUUCAACUGCAAGCCCUUGCCUCAUCACCACCAGUUCCGAUAGCUUCACCGGUUGCGCCCAGACCACAUGCGAGCCCAGUGCCCCCCAAGGCCCCACAAGUAGUCCUGCCAAAGCAAGGAUUCAUUGCAGCAAGGCCCCCAGCGCCGGCGGCGGCGCCGGUGCCAUCAGUGCCAUCGGAUUCCAAAGCAGCCCUGCUAGCACAAAUCCCGUGCAAAUCCGGAGCAGCAAGAGCAGCUAUGCUGGCGCAGAUACCCUGCAAAAGUAGAGGUCCAUUUGCGCCCACAUACUAG